AUGUCAACAUCUAAACUUUUCACACCUCUCCGCGUGGGCCAAUCAACCCUCUCCCACCGCCUAACCAUGGCCCCCAUGACCCGUCUCCGCGCUUCAAACACCCACACCCCCCUCCUCCCCCUCGUAAAAGACUACUAUCGCCAACGCGCCUCUGUUCCAGGCUCCCUCCUCAUUACCGAAGCUACCGUCAUCUCCCCCCGCCACGGCGGCUACACCAAUGUCCCCGGGAUCUACAGCGAAGAGCAGAUCUCCGCAUGGAAAGAAGUCACCAAUGCAGUGCACGAGAAGGGCUCGCAUAUAUACAUGCAGCUCUGGGCGCUGGGACGUACUGCGAAUCCCGGGUUUAUGAAGGAGAAGGGCUUAGACCUUGUGUCUAGCGGAGAUGUUCCCAUGAAGAGCAUGUUCAGUGGAGAAAUGCAUUAUCCCAGACCGCUAGCAGAAGAAGAAAUCCUCGCCGCAGUGAGAGAUUAUGCAGUCGCAGCGGAAAAUGCCAUAAAGGCAGGCUUCGACGGCGUUGAGAUCCAUGGCGCAAAUGGCUACCUUGUCGACCAAUUUAUACAAGACAUAUCCAACAAUCGUACUGACACCUGGGGCGGUACUAUUCCCAACCGCUCUCGCUUCGCACUAGACGUUACCCGCGCUGUCACAAAGGCCGUGGGUAACGAUAAGACUGCCAUCCGACUAAGUCCCUGGAGCAGAUUCCAGGAUAUGCGCAUGGAAGACCCUAUCCCGCAAUUCUCGCAUCUCAUCGAGAACCUGUCAGACCUCAAACUUGCGUAUCUGCAUCUGUGUGGGUCGGAGGCCAAGGCAUCUGGCGGAUCACUCCGUCCGUUGAUCGACAGCUAUAACAAGGCCGGCCCGGUUAUGGUUGCUGGUAAUUACACGGGUGAGACCGCGAUGAAGGCUGUUGAGGAGUACAAGGAUAAUGAUGUUAUGGUUGCUUUUGGGCGGCCGUAUAUUGCGAAUCCGGACCUGCCGUUUAGGGUUCGGGAGGGGCUGCCGUUAGCGGAGGUUAGGCAGGAGGGUGUUUAUGCGCAGGGUAAAGAGGGGUAUACGGAUUAUGGGUUCAGUGAGGGGUUUAAGGCGGCUUAUGAGUAA